UGCAAAGUCUGGGGAAAAUUGGUGUUUUGGUGAUCAUGCCCACGGUGAUAUAGAUCAUGUUCAUAGAAAAUAUAUCUACCACCACUGUAACGCUCAACAAGUUGGAGAAAUGCUACGUCACAUACAUGCGUAUGAUACGCAGCGUAUCACGAUUCAGUAUUCACGAGUUGCUGACAUACCUAUUUGUCAUGACACAUUGUGGUCAUGUGACGACUGACGAGUGGUUAAUAAUUGGUUAGUGGUUAUCACUUAUCAGUUAUCACUCUUCAAGCAAUCAAGCUUCAUGCACAUGUCGAUGUCGACUGUCGGCAUUCACGCAUUAUAUUUUCAAUUUUGCACUAACAUUGAAGUAGGUAUUAAACAAUUAAUAAACAUUAAGUUCUCUAACUAAACUACCUUCUGUAGUUCUGUCCUGUGUAGUGUGUAAUUCAUAGAUUCACGUCGGACAUAUUAAUAAUUUAAAUCAACUUCAUAUAACGAUAUAAUGCGUAUUGACACUUGCUAUUUUUGUUCGUCCAAAAUAUACCCAGGACAUGGAAUGCAUUUCGUAAGAAAUGAUUGUAAAGUAUUUAAAUUUUGUCGCUCGAAAUGUCACAGAGCAUUCCAAAAGAAGAAGAACCCAAGGCGUGUACGAUGGACUAAAGCAUAUCGCAAGGCUGUUGGUAAAGAAUUAGCUGUUGAUCCAUCAUUUGAAAUUGAAAAAAGACGUAACAUACCUAUGAAAUAUGACAGAGAGUUUUGGCAAAUGUCGAUGGAAGCAAUUAAAAAAGUCACUGAAAUUCAAAAGAAGCGCCAAUCUACCUAUGUAAUGCAACGAUUACGUAAAGGACGUGAAGUUGAACAGCAUAGAGAUAUCAGAGAAGUCCAAAGAGAUAUGUCACUGAUUAGAUCACCUGCUGCAGGACUGAAACAACGUUUGUUAACUGAAGAAAAACUACUCGAAGAAGAACAAGAAAAUGAUGUAGAAAUGAUUAGUGCAGAAGACGAGAAUAAUAUUGAUCAUAGUAAACUAUCUUACAUAAAAAUUUAAAAUAUUUAUAACUGUUUAAUUGUAAUAUAAUAUGAAUCUUUAUAAUA